UUUUAUUAUUUGUUCCAAAUAAUUAUAAGUGUGUGUAACAUAAUCUAAAAACUCAGCUAAUUAUUAACAAUUGAAAAAAAUAUUUAACAAAACUCGAUUCUUUAAUAUGGGUCAUUCAUUUCAAGUUGCAAAUAAUGUUAAUUUCAUGAUCAAUGCCAUUUUGUAAUUAAAAAACGACGAAUGUUUUGUAUUCGAUGAAUAAAUGGCUGCCGGCCUUUAUGAUAUUACGAAUGAUGUACUCGGUAAAGGUCAUUUUGCAAUUGUAAAACUUGCUAGACAUUGUUUAACGGGUGAACAUGUAGCUAUAAAAAUUGUUGAUAAAAUAAAGCUCACCAAAGAAGGAUUAGAACAAUUGAGCUGUGAAAUCAAAUUAUGGUCUAUACUAUCUCGACACGAACACCCAAAUGUGGUAAAACUUUAUCAAUGUAUCGAUACCAGGACCAAACUUUAUCUAGUCAUGGAAUAUUGCGGAAAUAAUGUUUGUGAUCUAUAUGAUCACAUACAAAAAAAGAAUGAUGGCGAUGGUUUGGACGAGAAUGAAGCAAGACAUAUUUUCAGACAGAUAUGUAAAGCGAUUUUCUACUGCCAUUCUUUGAAAAUUGUUCAUCGAGAUCUCAAACCUGAAAAUAUUCUUAUCAUCAACAAUCAACUACAAAAGAGUGAUAUAUUGGUCAAGUUGAUUGAUUUUGGAUUCUCGAAUCAAUGGUGUGAAGAUGAGCUGCUUAGAACUUCUUGUGGAUCAUUGGCUUACUCAGCGCCAGAAAUUUUAUUAGGUAACCAAUAUGAUGGUCCAAAAGUUGAUAUUUGGGCAUUAGGGUGCAUCCUUUACAUCCUUUUGUAUGGCCAUAAUCCUUUCAUGCAAUUCAAUGACAAUGAAACUUUAAUCAAAAUUUUAGACUGUUCAUUUACUACACCAGAGAAAUCAUCAGUAAGUGAAUCAUCGAUUGGCCUGAUAAGGAGCUUAUUGAAAAAAGAUCCAAACAUGCGAUUGUCAAUCAACGAGAUUCUAAAUCAUCCCUGGUUAAAUGAGCAACAUUAUGAUUCAUCCGCAAUUGAUUUUACAAGCAAAAAAGAACCGAUAAAAACUAACAAGAAUUUGGUACAUGACUAUAUAAUUGAUCAGAUGAUCAAUCAAGGAAUCAGUAUCUCGAAAGAUCAAAUCAAAAAUAUUAUCCGAAAUGAACAUAUUGAAACAACUGCUGAACCAAAUGAGAGUUCUGCGUUUGAAUAUAGUGUCAAUGAUCAUCAUUAUAUCAAAGCUACAUAUCAAUUAUUAAAAGACAAAUCAACCAGAGAGUUCAAAGGUCAAAUAGAUCCGAAUCAUCAGAUUAAUAAAUUUCGUCAAAACAAACGUGGAAAUAUUACCAGGAGACACGGUGAUUUAAUACGAAGUGAUUCUCAAACCGUAGCUACAAUUUCAAAUGAUAAUAAUUUGGAUAAACAAAAAAAUUUAUCAACACUAUCCGGCCAUACUCAGAGUUUAACCAAUUUGGAACUACCGCAAAACUCUACAUCUUAUGUACUUCCACUUGCACGAAAAUGUUCUAUAGUUUCAGAAGAAGGUAGCAUUUGUGCUGAAAAUAGUCUUCAAGACAAUAGCCUAACAUGUAUUGAUACAAAAAGCCAAGAAACUUCAAAUAAUGAUACAGAUAAAUAUCAGAAACAACAUUUGAUUGAUAUAUUUGUAACCGAUUCAUCAUCUAAUAUAGCCAAAAUAAACCCACCGGAAAGUUGUGAUAAUUGGGCUCAGAAUGCUUCUGAUUUACAACCAAGUAAAAAAGACAUGGGAUUGCAUCCGGUUUCGAGUUCUCCUGACUUUUUGAAAUCAAGCGAUGAUGACACGAUAAAUAUCGGAAAUGUUUGUCAUGUAGAUUCAAAUAAUUUUGGAUUAACUGAACCAAAUAAUGAUAAAUCAUUGUUCGAUUAUGGCAAAAAUAAUAAUGAAAAGAAAUUAAGCAAUGUCCGAACGAAACAACAGCAGUCAACCACUAAAUUCGAUUGUCCACCAUCAAUAACCACGAAUAAAUCUCCUUCAAUGAGAGUGAUCAUACAAUCAAAAUCUUUGAAUAACAUUGCUUUCAUUGAACAUCAUGAUAAUGAUGAUGUAAAUGAUUCGGAUACAGUGGACAUAAAAUAUUCACAUCAUCAUUAUCACAAUUAUUCACAAAACAAUACUUCAAAGAUGACAAAUUCAGUGUCGACUGUUAAUAUAAAACAAAUAAAUCGUGAAAACAGCAAUAGUAAUAAUAAUAAUAAUCGUACAGAAAAAAAUGAUUGCUGUAGGAUAGAUUAG